AGGCGGGAGGUCUGCGACACAGAGGAGGACCCGCACACGCGGACAGACAGACGCGCGCUCAUCGCGGGAACCAUCGCAGUUUGUCCGGAACAGAGGGAGGCUGUCCCGACUACUGCUGCAGCCUCUCUCUCGCGCAGAAGAGCGGGGAUGGGAUGGGUGCUGGAGCGGAGCCCGGAGAUGAUGAAGAGCAGGUCUCUGAUCUCGAAGUUGGGUUUUUACUUCCAUACGACGCUCGAAGGGGAAUAACGGAGACGCAUCGCUUUCACUGACGGAUUAAAAGCAUUCAUUUAGUGUACUGCCGGUUCCUCUGGUUUCUGCUCCACAUGUGGGAUUCAUGAUGCUCCAGCUUACCUCAGGAUCGUACAUGUUGCCCGGCUGAUGAAGCACGAUUGUGGUCUUUGUAUGCCCAUAUUAGGAGCUAUCUGAGUCAACAGGACGCUCCACAUCCAGGUCAACUGACCGUCUCAUGUCUGCGUGAAGAGCCUCACUGUGACAUGGAAACACCGGGACUCUACAGGCUGCUGUACUACUUCAUCCUCAACUGGCCCUUUAUGUUCUGUGCACACGCUACAUUUACUGAAGUCCCUAAAGAUGUGAGUGUGGGGGAGGGAGAGGAUGUGGAGAUGCCCUGCGCCUUCAAGGCGGUCAGCGCUACACCCAUGUCUCUGGAGAUCCAGUGGUGGUAUCUGAAGCAGGACGUGCCCAAAGACCUGAACCAUGAGCUGCAGAUCAGCGCUCCAUCUAACAGAGACUACAAGGUCACUCCGAGGGCAGCCAAUAAAAUCAGUACUGUUCGUGUUCAGGGCAAUGCCAUCUCACACCGCCUCAGCCUGUCCAAGGUGAAGAAGGAGGAUGAGGGCGUGUACGAGUGCCGUGUGUCCGACCUGUGGGCUGACGACACUCAGGAAUUUACAGUCCACGCCUCGCUGCAUGUGGCGGCAGGGGACGGCAUGGUGGCCGAAGAGGCCGUGUCCCAUAUCCAGAACCGCUGGCCUCUGAGGAAUACUAACACAGCGCAGGGAGGGGGCGGGGGAGGGCAGAGGGCCACAUCGGAGCCAGGUGAGGGGCCUGCAGGGGGGCAGAGGUUUGGGCAGGGAAAGCACCGGGUGCAACAGGAGGCUCAGCCUGGACUCCUCCCCUCCAUCUCCACCACCACCACCUCCUCCACGGUGGUCAAGUCUUCAGCCUCACCGCUGUCAGGGAUCACAGCCAUCUUCCGGCUGCAGCACCGAGUGGGCUGCUGUGUGAUGAGCUCUCUGGACCCCCUCUUCUGCAUCAUUGUCCUACUGCUGCAUGAGCUCCUGCCCUUACUGUUGGCCCACUGAAAGACUUCAACCAAACGUGUGUCCACCUACAAUCCUGUCACUCUAUACCAAAAAACAAAGCGGCAGCAGCAGUCAAAGGCUAACAGUAAACCACAUCACUGCAGGGAGUCUCAGAGAGAUGGAUGAUCCCUUACACUGCUAACAGAGCUGGGAGCUACAGGACUGUCUGCAGAGCAGAGUGUGUGGAGGAGAAAGGAUGGAGUACCAGUCCUGACACACACACACACACACACACACACACACACACACACACACACACACACACACACACACACACACACACACACACACACACACAGACACACACACACACACACACACACACACACACACACACACACACACACACACACAGCAGAAACAGUGCAGCCACAGCUCUGCACCUGCUUCGUGCACAGCCUCCUCAGAAACCACAAACUCACCGUUCUUCUGCAGCAUUUCACUGUGAAUUCUUUACGUGUCACCUCAGUGUGAGUCCUGCUGCUCAUACAGACACUGGUUGCUGUUCUGUGGAAGUCAUGUGACCUCCAUGUCGUUUCUUCUCUGUGGAGCGAGGUGAUUUAAACUGUUAGACAGUUCUUUUCUGUAGACAUUUCCUUUAUACAGAGCUACAAUCCAUCCACUGUGUUAGUCUGUAUAUACGCCAUGUCCACCUCCUCCUUCAUACACACACUCUCACACACCUGUGUUCUCAUAGCUGUGUUCCAUGUAAACAAGGAUAAAUAAGCUGGUAUAUUUUAUGAAGAUAAGGCACACCUGAUCAUCGUUGUUGUUCUUCACCUCCAAUAAUGUUUAUUUUUAUUAAAGCUGUGGUGACUUUGAUUUCUAUGAGAAAGAACUUUCCCACAGCAGCUCAGAUGAACUUUAUUGUUUUUGUAAUAAAAGGUACAU